UACAAUUUACGACGUAAACAUGAGAGUAAACUUGGCACGUCGAUUAAAGCAAUCGUUGAAUAAUUAAAUCAAUGAAGCGAGAAGUCACCCAUUUCCCACUGCUUGCAUUCCAUUUCCACUUCAGUAUUCCCUGAAUAUCUCAAAAAUGGAGAGAGCUACGUAAUUUUUGAACUGAACCUUUUUUGUAGUCCUUCUCACGAUCUAGAAAAAAUGUUAUGACCAAAUUGGUCGUAUUUCCAUUGGAUUCCGAAAUAUUCACGAAAAUCCGAAAAUUUGUGAAGUACCGAAAUGAGGUGAUUUGCAAAGAUAAAAAAUAAAAGUUUAUGUUUCAUCGGAAAAUUAAUGGACAAUCAGCGUUGACUUAUAAUGUAUAAUAAUAAUAAUAUGGUACUAUCUCAAUUGAUUCACCAACUGAAUGAACCCGCAAAAGCUUCAAAAGCUUAAUAGAAAAAAGGAGAAAAAAAAUUGUUUCAACCAAUUUUUUUGUGUCUAAAAUUAUUGGAGCUUAUGAAGUGCAUCUCUUCGCGAUAGAUAAUUCCGAUCAUGUCCAAUGCACUCGAGAACAAUCAAUGAGCUACUUGAGCUCAUAUGACUGCCGCCUGAGACAUGUGGGUCAUGAGUUACACGGGCUAAUAGGAUAUAGCGGGGCUUUACACUCAUUACUUUUUUUUUCCUCGUCUCUCUAUCCCUUGACAUGCAUUAAUGAAUGCUUCGCCGUGCUAUAUCUACAUACGUGAGGACUGAAAGCUCGAGUGAAGAGUGUGACGAAUGAUAGGAAGUAGGGAAAGAGACUAUUUUCACUGGAAACAAAGACUGUGCGUUCCCAGUUACAAUUAAAUAGCUGAAGGGGAAUUAAAGAAAAUGCUCCUCUGACUUUCUACAGGAUUACGUCGACAUUGCCACAAUAAUAUCCUCGUGGAAUUGUGAAAAAAAAAAUUUCUCGUUAUGAAACGGUGGGAAAAUAAUCACUUGAAUUACCAGAUUGGGGGGAGGAAUGGGUUUUCGUGCUCAAGGAUCGUGGAUUGUGUUUAUAGAAUAAAAAUCCUGGGAUUUAUCUAAAUAGUUUAUCGAUUGAACAUUCGCGAAAGAAAAUGCUGAUUUAUUGAAUGUGAGAAAGUAUCGAAUUCAGAGGUAAUAAAAAAACAUGUGGAGUUCGGUGACAGCCGCCGGCACGGAAAAUGGCCCGGCGCCUCCUUCUCGAAGUAAACACAGUGCGACGCUUUUGGGAGGCCACGUUUACCUUCUUGGGGGGAGAAAUGGAAAUCUACCCUUGAGAGAUUUAUGGAGAUAUAGCCUCGCUGAAAGCCGAUGGGAGGAAUUGCACCCGAGUGGAGAGAGGCCUCCGGCCCUCCAGGAACACAGUGCAGUUUCGUACAAGGACUGCCUAUAUGUCUUUGGGGGAGAACUGGGAUUUUCAGCGGGAACGGAAACCCCGCUCUGGGUCUACUCAGUCAAGACAAACUUCUGGCGGAAGAUCCGGGCUCAAAGGGGCUGUGCAGUUCCCCGUGGCCGUCGAGGUCACACAGCACUUGUCCAUCGCGGACAAAUGCUGGUCUACGGUGGCUACCAGGACCUCCGUGGCAGUUCGUCCGAGCUGUGGGCCUUCCACUUUGAAACAGAAUCCUGGCACCUGUUGUCGUCGUCAUCCGCCUGUCAACCCGGCGAGACUGGGCCAGCACCCCGUCACAAACACUCAGCGGUCCUCCACUGCGACGCCAUGUACAUCUACGGCGGAAUGACAGACCUCCAAGAGCGUAACGACUGCUGGAGAUGGGAUGUGAAUGCGAGUUCUUGGUACUUGUUGAGGAGCAAACCCGGUCCAGGGCCUCUCCACGGUCACGCAGCUUGUCGACUGCCCAGUUGCAUGCUCAUCUUCGGCGGCGAGAGCGGCGGUCUAGCGACGAACGAACUCUGGCGUUUUCACUUUGGCACAGAAGCCUGGGAGCGCCUCCUGGUGCCGGGGCCAAAGCCCCAGCCUCGGGCGGAAAGUGUCGCCCUAGCGGUAUCCGAACUAGUGAUCCGUGGAAAUGGAGUCCAGGAGAAUCAGCGAACGAAGAGCACUCGGAAGCCGCGAUUUUCCCUCGCGGGAAUUGCGAACGACGAGUGCCAGACACCUGGCAAUAACACACGACCAAGCUUCCUCAAGGAGAUCUCCAAACUCUCCCAGAUCAAUCUCUCCCGGCUGAGUCAUCCCAACAAAUGCAGCUACUCCGUCCUGAGCGGUCAGGAGGACCAUGAAGACGAGCACAAUCACAAUCAGUAUUCCCAGGAAGCCAACACCUACUAUCCGUUCCAGCAAGUUGACGCCGAACUGGCGGAAACAAGCCUCAACAGCCGAAUGGUAAAGUCGAGAAGUGCCAAUGCACUGGCCAAGAGACGACAGAAAAACUUCGCCAAUAAUCCAAGCGCUUCGUUCAACAAUGACUCCUAUGACUCACAACAGCGCAGUAGUAGGAUGACGAGGGAGCCAAUAUCUGUGCCAAAUUUUCGAGCCCUAACUCUUCCAACUCCGGUGCUGACGCCGGUGGAGGCCGCCAGAUUGGUGUUUGUGGAUCCUGACGAGGACAGCGAUAACGAACGCGAGGGACGGCAGGAGCCGAGAAAGCUCGAUGUCUCAACGAGGCUCAUCGACGUUGAGGAGGAACGGGCGGAUUUUGAGACACUUCAUCAAGCCUGUCAGCCGACUCGUGGGGAGAGCUACAGUUCGCAUUUGUACGAGGCUGUCCAGAGCCCGAAGACACCGACAACGAGACUCCCGACCUCGGCGUCAGUUCGCUUCGCUGAUCUUGAAGAGGGUGAGGAGUCGACUUCGGAUUAUGCCAGUAUAGAAGCGAGAAGUCCUGGUGAUCCGCUGGAUGACUUUUGCCUGGAGAAACAUGACUCGAGGAAGAAGUCGGGCAAACAUCGGGCCCCGACGAUACGCGAAGGUCAAUUCGGCUUCUGCAAUCCAAAUUAUCUUGGCUUGGAGACCAAUGAAGAUGCCAAAUUCGCGAAGAUUCUUAACAGUCCGCCAGACAGUGUUCUGGAGGACGCACCCGGACGCUCGGCAUCGCAAACGUUUGCGGAGUUGCUGGAACUGCAGGAGCUGAAGCAACCGAGGGCACCACCCAAAAGUCUUCCUCUUGGGUCGACGUCACCCUCGCGGAGGGCAGUCAGUGCUUCACGAGCUGAACGACAGAAGGCGAAGCUUGUCGCCAGCCAGACGCCGCUGACGCCCGCACCUCUCUACGUUUUUCUGAUCGGCGGACGGGAGAAAGGACAAGUCACGGUUUUUGCCAGACCGGUGUCCUUGUGGAAGCUGCAAUUAGCGCCAAAUAUUUUUUAAGUCCUGGAUGGUAUUCCGGAGGGGGCUAUCCUCUCCGAGGAAGGCUGGUGGAUUAUUUCGAAGAGUUUCCGAUUUUUUUUUACCUGUAUACGUCGAUCAGGUCCAUACGAGAGGGCGUUUCGGAGAGGUACCUUAUGUUCAGGGAUAUCUAUUGGAUUGCUUAUGAAUUUAAAUCCGAUUGAUGACCAUUUACUGACUGAGUAUUGGGAUUGGUUAUCGGCUAAAUCCUAUACGUAUUUCCAGUGUGAAAGUUUGUAGAUUCAAAAAGUUUCCACUUAAUCACUUUCCUCUCGAUCUUGAGAUAGCAAAAUACAAUUUUUUUUGCAUGCGCGUGGAAAAAUAACAUGUGCAACUCGAGUUGGAAAAUAUGACUUUCCACCCCUGAUGUAAAAUAUAUUAUUGAACAUGUCCUCAAUUUUUUCUAAUUACAAAAAUUGAUAUUUAUCAUUUUCGGACAUCUCGUACUGACGACUAAUCAGGUGAAAAUGGUAUGACUUGGUAGAUUAAAAAAUUAAAUAGAAAACUAUCUUGAUACCAUUCGGAAAGGAGUCUAGUCGGGUCUUAAUCGGAAAAAUAUGGGAUUAUGGAAAUAAUCGAUAACACAUUAUCGGAAUCUGUACAAAUGCAGUGCUGAGCUGAAUACUUGUCCCGACUUUGGCGAUGCUUGCAACUAUAAAUGAUAAAGCCCAAAAACAUGAUUGAGUAUUGAAUAGUAUUCGUAGCGGCCAAGUACACGAGAACUUCAUAUUUUCAAGGAAGAGAACGGUUUCGUAAACAAAUGUAAUUGUGCGUCUAGACGGGAGUGACAAUUUAUGAAAAAAAAACAAGUAUUAUAUUGAAAUGUAAUCAUUCUAGUGUAGACUUAUACUCAAUACUGUGUGGGAGGAGAAAUAUUAAGUCUUGUACCUAAUGCAUUUGUUGAUGUGUACACAUUCGGAUUACUAUAAUUAAUAAUUUUUAUAUAAUUCAUUUCUUUCGAUGAAUGUGAGAUACAUAAGAUUGAGAGAUGGUCGAGUUCAUAUUGAACUUUCUAGCUUGGAAUUUGGGAAGAGAAUUAAAUGUCUCGUGAAGUAGAUUCAAAAUCAAAUAUUCAAAACGUGUGGGAAAAUUCGAAGAUUGGGGGUCAAUUUUUUUUAUAUUUUGAAAUUAUCUUUCAUUUUUUUAUUUGACUUAAUUAUGUUUGAAGUAAACAAAAUGUUUGAGUAUUAGUGGUGGGACGCCACAUUUUAAAAUUCAAAAUUCUUCCAAAGCAAUAAUUUUUUGAUCUGAAAAAUUGUCCAAAGAAUCUCACAGAAGCAAUUCUGAUAUACAAAAAAAUAUCUAUUUUCUCGUCCACAUCAAAUAUUAUGAGGAAUACUACAAAAUAAUCUUCAGGUUCAAUUUUCCCACACGUGGUGAGGCCAGAAAUCAUUUCAAUUACUUUAAUUCUCCGAGUUUAUGUUGAUUCGAUGAAUCUAACAGGGUAGAAUUCUCGACGAAAAUAUACGUAUUGGUGUGCCAUAACUCUGACCAAGGGAGUUUGCUCAAAGAUAAAUUGACAGGAUCAAAUCACGGAUCAGUGCGUGAUAGGAUAUUAAGCAAAAGUAUUGGGGAUGAGAGGGAAUGAAUACGUCCAAACUCUGUGCAAUGAUGAUUGUCCUGCCACUUUAAGCAUUUACUAUUCAUAUUUAUUAAUAAUUAGUGUGAUAAUUUGUUUCCGUAGUGAUAUUUUCAUGGCCAUGAGGUCUUGUGGAUUUGGGAAGUGAUUUUUUUUUGAUGACGGGUCAUCAUGGGACGCUCAAAAACACAUUGUUGCAUUAUCACUAUUGCUGUUACAUUUAGGAAACUAUUUGCAAAGGGAAAAAGUGGAUUUGCUUCAACGAAUAUUGUCAAUUCGUUGCAAACGAUCUUUGUAAAGUUAAUCUACUUUUUUUCUCUGUAUUGAAAACGUUCACGUUAUUUUCAUUGUUUUAAAUAUUACGACUUUUGAUCGUUUGUAACUUUAGCCGUGAGGUAUUUACGAUUAAGAAAAAUUUUAUUAUUGUUUUUUUUAUUUAAUGGGAAUUUCAACAUAUCACGGGAGGCAGCUAAUUGUUUAUUUUGUUAAACUUCUGUGACUGCGAUUCAAAUUUCCAAAAAAGCGUCUUACGAUCUUUUGAUCGGAUGAACAAGCGAAGCUGAGAAUCAGUGUUUUCCAUUCUGUACAUUGACUUCAUACUCAACUUUGAAUGAAGGGGAAGAAGUAUAAACAUGUCUGUACAAAAUAGUGUGAAAUAAAUGUUCGUAGAUAAAUUUCUGGAAUUUUUUGAUUUAAUUAAUCACCUCCUAGAAGACAAUGAAACGCUUUGCAUAACAAUAAAAAGACGAUUAGAAUAUCUUCCAUUAAUUUUUUAAUCCAAUGAUUACAUACUGCCCGACAGAUACAAUAUUGAUAAUGCAGUUGGCAGUCAUGGUACAAUUAUCACAAUUUUAACAUUUAAAUGCUGUGAAAGACAUUUUUAAGGCUUGAUAACCACCAUCGUUGGUUUGAGCAAUAAUAUAAUGUAAAUAAAUGCAGAACUGGUCCUUCAGAAAUACUCUGAGCUGUGAAAAAUGGGUGAAAGAAUGUAGAGAGAAAUUCAAUCGGUACAGAUUGUUGCGCGAUUUAAAUUCACCUGACAAAAAUGAAAAAAAUAAUUCAAACACCGAUGGUAGAACAAGGAAUGUUCGAUAUUGCAAACAGUAUUGAUAUGAUAAACAUUGAUAAGACAAUAUUAUUCAUGAAAAUUUUUUUUUUUUCAA